GCCGCUGCGGGUUAAGGCCGAGCGGGUGGGGAGGGAGGCGAGGCUGCUGGCCUGGGGAGCAUUGGCGGAGCAGCUGCGUUCCAGCCUGGCCAUGGCCGCGGCGCCCCUCAAAGUGUGCAUCGUGGGCUCGGGAAACUGGGGUUCAGCUGUUGCGAAAAUCAUCGGUAAUAAUGUCAAGAACCUUAACAAGUUUGCCUCCACGGUCAAGAUGUGGGUCUUUGAAGAAACGGUUAAUGGAAGAAAACUGACGGACAUCAUAAAUAACGACCAUGAGAAUGUGAAAUAUCUCCCUGGACACAAGCUGCCAGAAAAUGUGGUCGCCGUCCCGAACCUCAGCGAGGCGGUGCAGGACGCAGACCUGCUGGUGUUUGUCAUCCCCCACCAGUUCAUCCACAGAGUCUGCGACGAGAUCACCGGCAGAGUGCCCAAGAAAGCCCUGGGCAUCACCCUGAUCAAGGGCAUUGACGAGGGCCCCGAGGGGCUGAAGCUCAUCUCCAACAUCAUCCGGGAGAAGAUGGGCAUCGACAUCAGCGUGCUGAUGGGUGCCAACAUCGCCAGCGAGGUGGCCGCUGAGAAGUUCUGUGAGACGACCAUCGGCAGCAAAGUAAUGGCAAAUGGCCUGCUCUUCAAGGAACUUCUGCAGACUCCAAAUUUUCGAAUCACCGUGGUCGAUGAUGCUGACACCGUUGAACUCUGUGGCGCUCUCAAGAACAUCGUGGCGGUGGGAGCCGGCUUCAGCGAUGGCUUGGGCUGCGGUGACAACACCAAGGCGGCCGUCAUCCGCCUGGGGCUCAUGGAGAUGAUCGCCUUCGCCAGGAUCUUCUGCAAGGGCCAGGUGUCCACGGCCACCUUCCUGGAGAGCUGCGGCGUGGCCGACCUCAUCACCACUUGCUAUGGCGGCCGCAACCGCAGGGUGGCCGAGGCCUUUGCGAAGACCGGAAAGACCAUUGAAGAGCUGGAGAAGGAGAUGCUGAACGGGCAGAAGCUGCAAGGUCCCCAGACUUCGGCCGAAGUGUACCGCAUCCUCAAACAGAAGGGGUUGGUGGACAAGUUUCCAUUGUUCACCGCAGUCUACCAGAUCUGCUACGAAGGCAGGCCCGUCCAGGAGAUGCUGUCCUGUCUGCAGAGCCACCCAGAGCAUUUGUAAAAAGUGAAUCCUGCUGUUGGGUCAAGGAAAGUUCUGCCUCUCUGAUCAGCCUUUUGGAGAAACCAGGACUUGACAACCGGACGUUGGCUUGACGAUAAUCCAAUUAUGGAAAUGUAUGAAUUUGUACAGCUUCAUUUUCGGAUGCUGAGGUGUGGCCUGGUGGCUGAGGCUUACGGGGCAGCAGCUGGACACACCAAUAUGAAGGCGGGAGCCUGAGUUCCUUUCUCCUUCUGCAGAUGUUCCUCUGAACCAAAAUUAAAAAGCCUUUUUAAAAAUUACUUUGGAAAUCCUCCCGCUUGGGGUAGCUUCAAAGAUUGGAAUGAUCCCAGCGCGGUGUUUUAGAUCAUAGGUGUUGGAAGGAUUUCUUCCUCCUCCCCCCCUUCUGCAGAUGUUAAAAUGUAACCAGCACUAACCUGGCUGGGUAUCAGAUCCACAUACUGUAACUUUUCAACACUGUCUCAAAGCCAGCAUAAUUAACUACCUGGAUUGUGAGUUGAUCUUCUUUUUAACUACUGGAUGUUUGUAACCAGGCAAUCAAUCCACUUCCCCCUCUUCUUCUUGCUGCAGUUUUCUGCGUUUUUAGUCUCUUUCCUCUUGAGUAGCUGCCAGGACGUGCGUUCAUUGGCAGAAGAGAAAGUGCACCCCAUUCUUGCCAGCAGCGAGAGACACAUUCUUCUCCUUCUCAACUCUUGUCUGAUGCUUUUACCUUUGAUGCCCAUGUUUCCCUGAGGCCUUUCCCUGAUGCCCUGAACGAGGCACUCAUGGUAUCCGGUCCCCUGGUGGUGAUGUGGGGGGAGGCGGAUCCAGAGGUCAGUCCCAUCCUGUCUUCCCAUCAAGGGACUGGGACUUUCUUAGGUGCCACUGAGAUGACCUGAUCUCCAGCUACUGGGUGGUAGCAAAGGGCAUGGGUGGUCUUCCCCUGCCACCGGAGGGCUUCCUGCUGCUGCGAGGCGUCCCCUCGUCCAGGCAGCUGUUGCUCAGAGUGGCCUCAGGCUCUGCAGCGACUGCUUCCCUUGGCAUCAGGGCAGGUUCCAGGGCCCCACCUGAGCCCCUCCAGAAAGGGGCAGGGUCUCUGCUGUGCCAGGUCUGCCCUGCCCAUCCCCUCCUGGUGCCCACUACAUGAUGAGAACCACUACAGGAGAAAAGGGACUUUUCAUGUCCCUUUCUCAAACCGUGCUCCAUAGAAAGGAGGGGCCCAAGAGCCCAGGCUCUGCCGUGGGGGUCCCACGAGGCCAGCUGAGUUUGGGAAGGGCCACAUCUGGGAGGUGUUGAAUGUGUGUUGUUAGUGAGUCGGCGUGAUCGUGGGACCCUGCGAGCUCUGACAUCCUUCCCACCGUGGAAUUGCUUUUGGCUCGGAAAUUUCCCAGAGUUCCCAGGGAAAACUGUUCGAGGCUGAGGUGACCUUAGGCCAGCUCACGUGGGUUCUUAGUUGGGGACAUGUGCAUUCAAUCUGCCGUGAAGCUUGAUGUUGACCCUGGCAUUGCCACCUAGAAGAAGAUAGAAGAAAUGCACAUUAUGUCAAGCGAGUGCUGCUGAUUCCAGGAUUAGCACGAGAAGCAGCGCAGGAAUCACGGCCUGCCACUGUUGAUGGCAUCGGUUCUGGAGGGCGUCGCAGAUACUAUUGGAAGCGCUGACCCGUGUUAGGGGUAACCAGGACAGUCACUUACAUGUUUUCGGCUUCUCGGUCCCUUUUUAAGAUUUUUAGCUUUUUUCUUUUUCUGGUUUGGGGCUUCCCGCCCCCCCCCACCCUCUUCCAUACCUGAAACAAUUAUAGAAUAGGUUUUUGUGGGAAUUUUUUAAACUACCCAGAACACUUUAGGGGAACUUCUAAGCCCCCUAACAAAAACUAUGAAAGCACAGAAAAUAGACUCCAAGUUCCAUUGAGUUUAGUGCCACUACUGGAUCAGUCCAUUUUCGCCUGUCUAGUGAGCAAUCUUUUUAAAAGUUUGUACAUAGGUAACAAAGUGAUACUUUUUAAGACUUUUUAAGGGCUGUAAGCUCAUCGUGGUGUCUACUCAGCAGGAGAAUUAGAUGCAAGGAAUCAGGAUUUUGUCUCUUGUCUAUUCUCAUCUGCAUUCAGCUUCUGACCCUGGGUUUUAUAGUUAAGUGUUUUUUUCUUUACAAAUCUGAUUGUACCUCUUAGACUGACUUAUACUUUCCUGCACCCUAUGGAAGGAGGCAAAUUUCCGAAGUGUGUACUCUGCUGGUGACAGAUAUUUAUUACUCUAUGAGUUACCUGUUUUAUAACUUCCUGUGGUUCAUCUAUUUAAAUUCAUAUUUCUUAUCCUGGUAACUGGGAAAGGGACAUCUAGAAGAAAUGCUUACUUUGUACUCUUUUAGCCAAUCUGUGAAUGUAAAACUUACACUGAUGCCUUGGUAUAAUCCAUUACUAUAAUUUGGAACAAAUAAUCUGUUUUUGAAAUCUCUCCUAGUGGGAGGGAGGGAUGGGACUUGAAUGCUUCUGGGUUUUUCUUUAUCUUUUUUUCUUUGUUCUCCCCACAUCUGUGGAUUUUCAUUUAACUCUCAGCUGGAACUGGCCUCUGGCACGGGCCCAGGAGUGGUGAGGUAUUACACUUCCCAAAGGCCUCUGCUCUCCCCACUUGUUUCCAUCAAAGAGCCUUGUUCUUGUAUGUGUACUAUAUUUGUGUACAGACUGUAGAUGGAUAUCACUUAAAAGCUUGGUUUAAUAAACAUUUCACCCUAACCAAAA